GUCAAGAAGAGCCGAGCAUGACGUGGGUUUUUAGUGACGCAAGUGCGCCAUCAAAUGGAUUACUGUGUAAUUACAAGCUCAGCAGACCAUUUUAACAUUAUCGACCCGCGCUAUUAAUUGUAGGAAUUGUAGGAAAAACAAUAAACUAAAGUUUCUAAAUCACUUUUAUUUAUAUAUAUAUAUAUUUACCAAAACUCAUAGUAUAGCAGGUCGUUUAGAUUGUUCUUUUUUAACUUAUCAACAUACUAUGGUUUUCACACGUAAGUGUCAAUUUGAGGGCAAAAACUUUUAACUAAAAAAAACAACCCUUUUAGGAUAUUUUCUGACGAGACAUUAGACUCAUUUCUACUUGAGGUCGGACUCGAGCUCAACACACUCUAAACAAGAUCAACAACAACAAAAAACAAUUCAUGUGCAUUCAUAUUUUUACGCGAAAUUGCUGAAAAAACAACAACAACCACAAAAGUCGCAUUAAAUCAGCGGACUUUGUAUUUUUGUCAAUUACUUUGUAUGUUCUGUUUCCGGCCCGAAGUAUUUCAUAAUAAUAGCAUUGAAAAGUUUACAGACAUAAGGAGGGUAACACUAGUGGUCUUUUAUUUUGAAAUGGUACAAUGGAGCGCUGUUUUCUUUGCAGAACUGUCGUUGUUAUUUGAGGAAAGUUCGUCUUUUCACCAAUCAUUUGGAGCUGCAACACGGAUUGUUGUCGUGAAGGUGAAGCAGUCUUUACCCAGGGUAUCAGAAGUGCUGCAGUGAUGUGGACUCGCCGUGCACGAGGCACUGCGACUGCUGCUGGGAAAGUAACUCGGUCCAGAUCCAGUAAUGCUGGCCUAAAACCCCAUUACGAUGCACUGGUUAUUGGAGGAGGACACAAUGGGCUGGUGGCAGCUGCCUACCUUCAGAAAGGAGGUUUGAAGACAGCAGUGUUAGAGAAGAGACAUGUUUUAGGAGGAGCAGCUGUGUCAGAGGAGAUCUUUCCUGGUUUUCACUUUUCCAGAUGUUCUUAUUUACUCAGUUUGUUGCGACCGCAGAUAUAUAAAGACCUGGACCUAAAGAAACAUGGGCUGAAGUUGUAUAAGAGAGACCCGCAUGCUUUCACUCCUAUGUUGGAGGAGGGUGUAUCAGGUGCUCCUCCGAGGUCACUCACCCUGGGUUCAGAUCUGGCCAUGAACCGACAGGAGAUAGGGAAGUUCUCAAAGAAGGAUGCACAGGCGUAUCCUGACUUUACGGCCCAUCUUGAAAAACUAGUUGAAGCUGUUUAUCCUCUCUUGGAUGGUCCUCCAGUCAACAUUCCCGGUGUCACUUCGGGAUCACUGAGAACGAGACUGGCUGCAGCUAAAACUCUGAUCCCUGCUGUGAAAUUUGGUUUAGGACUUGGCAAAAAUAUUCCAGACUUUUAUGAGAUUCUGACUGCGCCGGCAACAAAGUUUCUCAAUCAGUGGUUUGAGUCAGAGCCACUAAAGGCCACACUGGCCACUGAUGCUGUGAUUGGAGCCAUGACAAGUCCAAGCACUCCAGGCAGUGGAUAUGUGCUUUUACAUCACGUGAUGGGAGAGUUGGAGAUGGAGAGAGGAGCGUGGGGUUACGUAGAAGGAGGAAUGGGAGGUGUGUCUCAAGCUAUUGCUCGUGCUGCUCAAUCUUAUGGUGCAGACAUUUUCACUGAAAAGGAUGUGGGACACGUAUUGGUUGGUUCAGACCAAGCUGCCAGGGGUGUGGUGCUAAAGGAUGGCACAGAAAUCCACAGUCAAGUGGUUUUGUCAAAUGCUACGGCGUAUGUGACCUUCAAACACCUGACACCAAAGGAUGCUCUUUCUCCAGAGUUCAUCAAAGCUGUUGAUCAAAUAGACUACACAUCGCCUGUUACUAAGAUCAAUGUGGCUCUGGACAAGCUCCCAAACUUCCUCGCACGUCCCACACCAGACCAUAAACCUGGACCUCACCAUCAGUGCUCCAUUCAUUUGAACUGUGAGAGCAUAGAGGUACUGGAGACUGCGUACAAAGAAGCCAUAAAUGGACGUCCCUCUGCCAGGCCGAUGCUGGAAAUGACUAUCCCCUCUGUGUUGGAUCCCACUCUGGCUCCCCCCGGCUGCCACGUUGUGUCACUGUUUACCCAGUUUACACCCUACCACAUAGAAGGCAGGGAGUGGACAGACGAGGACAAAGAGGCCUUCGCAGAUACUGUUUUCGACUGGGUUGAGCAGUACGCCCCUGGGUUCAAAAAAUCAGUGGUGGGAAGAGACAUCCUGACUCCACCUGACUUGGAGAGAAUCUUUGGGCUCACUGGAGGGAAUAUCUUUCACGGAUCAAUGUCUCUGGAUCAGCUUUAUCUGGCACGGCCUUUGCCCUCUCUGUCUGACCACCGGUCACCAAUCAAAGGCCUAUAUCUGUGUGGCAGUGGAUGUCACCCAGGUGGUGGUGUGAUGGGUUCUCCUGGAUGGAAUGCAGCACGUGUAGUCAUGGCUGACUUGAAACAAAACUGAAACAUAUGGCAGUUCCGUCACCGGGUCAAUUGAGUUUUACCUCCUUUUUCAACUGAUUCCUGUGAAGGUCAUUGGUUCUACAACUGAUACAUAUUACUGUCAACUCUUACAUUAAUAAGGGUGCUAGAAAUUGUGUACAAUUGUGAUGAUGCACCAAAGUGAAUUAUGUUGCACUGAAGAAGUUUUAAAAAUCAAAUAAUUUUUUAUUUUUUUAAAUCAUAACACAAUCAUGGCAAGUUGUCUGCUAUUUCUGCUUUACAUUCUGCUUUUAAAGUAUUAUAUUUCUGGAUAAUAAACUGCAUAUGCUCCCGCUCUCUCUCUCUCUCUCACUCACUCACACACACACACAGUGUGUUGUGGGUCGCUUUAUGCUACCAACUUUGUUGUUCUGUUUUCACAUUUCAAAUUCAUAUUUACUUGACAACUGUAAUCUUCGUUGUCAUCUUUUAGUCUCCUUCAUAUCAAGAUCAUUGGUAACCAUUUUAUUUUCUAGUAUUGAUAAAAUAAAUGAAGUCCUCUUAAAUGUCAAAAGAGAAGAAGGUCAUUGAUUUUAAAUGCAAUAUCAAAUUUGAUCCUCCCUACACACCGUUGGUCUACGUCACCGAGCCGGGCCUUACGUAAAUCAUUAACGGUGUACUGUUCCUUUAAGACGCUUCUCAGGGUGGACCAGCCGUCGCUGUUUGACGCUCAGGAAGUCGACUAAACCACCAAGAUUCCCGCAGAUUCGAUACCAAACGGCCUUGCUGUGAUAACUGUCUAUUCUGAACCACUAGCUGAAAAAAGGACAGUUUGAAUACUUUUCCGCCGAUUCCCGUGACAAUAAUGCUGGAUGGUUGCGCUGAUGAAAUUCACCAGAGACAUAUGCAGACUGUUGGGACUCGCAAGCGGGCCUCCAGUCCAGCAGCCGGAAGAGCAGAUGGACUGCGAUGGAGCCACUCCUAAACCAAGCCAUGAUGCCAGUCUGUCACAGGAUGCAUUAAAUGGAGAGGAGGAUUUGAGUGAGGAGGAGAAAGUCAGAAGAAAAGCUGAGCGAA